UGUAGAGCUCAGUGAGAUUGGGAUGAGAUAGAGUAUUUUGGGCACUUGAGGAGUAAGAGACAGAGAUGUGAGUGAUACUGAGAGCUGUGUAUCUGCCGGGAGAUGGACUGAGUUACAGUAGUAAACAGGCGCCUCACAUUUUCCAGUUAUAGAGACAGUCAGAGAGAGCAGAGAGAGCUGCGUGAGUGCUGGAGGCACAUUUUCCAGUGGCAGAGCAAUCUCACAUAAAGUGUCACUUUUCAGCUCUGCAAGUUCUCGGGCGGGAAGAAAGUCAGCACAUUGUGACGUGAGUGAAAAGCACAUAAAGGGGAGAGAGAGAAAGAAAAGGGGGGACAGAUAGAGAGCAGUGAGGAGCAAUUACAGACAUGUGCCUGACACUUCUCUGCCUGUUCUUACUGACAGCUGGCGGCACAGCCUCUCUGGUACGGGUAUAUGGGGUGCCUGGGGGAAGGGUUACCCUACCCUGCAAUAUGAGUAUGGGGCAACUGGACAGAGGGCAUCGGUCUAAAUAUCCGGCAGGAUCAGUCAGCUGGCGGAGCAAUAACAAACCAGUGGUCCGGAUGAAUCGUAACGGGAUGCUCUUUAGAUCUCGAGGAGUAUCCUCACAAGCUUCCGUAUAUCCAUCUCUGUUUGAGCUGGGGGAUUUCUCGCUGCACCUGGAAAAUGUGGGAAAGCAGGAUUCUGGGAGAUACCAAGCGCUGGCACAGUAUGGUGACUCCAAGCAAGAGUGCAUAGUACAACUGCGCAUCAUUCACGUCACUCAGUCUCCCCUUGGAGUUCUCCCUGAGAACAGCUCUGUCACCCUGACGUGUUCUGGAGAGAGUUCCCACCCUCUGCGCUGGCUGCAUGGGGGCAAUCCCGUACUUCCAUCUAACAGGUUCUUAAAGUCACAGAAUACGCUGACUAUCCAAGGUCUAACUCAGGCUGAUCGGGGGAAAUGGAGCUGUGAGCUGGAUGGAGCAAAAGCUUCUGUGCAACUUACAGUACUGGGUAUUUCUGGCCCUGCCUUUCUCUCUUUAUAUAGGGCAGUUGGUGCCCAAGCUGAGCUUCCCUGUACCCUUAAUGAGACACCAAAAGAAGGACUGCUGAGUGUGCAGUGGCACCACAACUCAAUGUUACUGGACCAGAAGACACAGGGGUUGACCAUCAACCCAGUCAAUUCAGAAGAUGCUGGUAUAUACAGAUGUGAUAUCACCUAUAAAGGCCAUGUGAUGAGAAGACACAUACAGUUAAAGGUCAUUCAAGUCUACCCCUCAGGCCCAUCUUUAGUUAAAGAGGGUUCUGCCCUGCAGUUGCUGUGCAAUGUCAGUGGAUCUGAUAAUGAGGAAACGUACGUAUGGACCGGACCUGACCCCGCUGGCGGGCGGAGAUACAAGCAGCAUGGAGCAGUGUUAAACUUGCCUGCGGUGCAAACAGGGGACAUGGGAGUGUGGAACUGCUCUGUAUAUGGGAAACAAGGACUGGUGGGACAGUUGCAGUAUAUUCUCUAUGUGCAUGCUGCUCAGGUGUCAGUCUUUGCCGCCUUCUCAUCGUGGCCUGUAUAUGUCACCUUCCUGCUCAUCAUUCUCCUGGUUUUAGGACUCAUAAGCGCAAUCUCUUGGCACAACCGCAGGAGACGACUGUUACACCUACUUGCACGGACCACCAUAGAUGUUCCUUCUGGGUCUUCACUUAAGAAGGUGGAAGUUUGAUUCAGCCACAAAACUGAGAAGUGUUUCCUGUGGAUCGGGAAAUUAAGCCGUUGCUUCCGACUGCACCAGCCGACAGUUACUGAGGAAAAGAACUUUAUUUGCCAUAAGGACUUGCCUGUUAGGGGGGCAUUGAGCAGAUUAAAUGGAUCAGAUGUGGAGCGGGGACUUCGGGGAUUCGGCACUGAUUUGAGCAGCUCUUGGCCAUUCUGUAAAAUUUUGUAUAAUAAAAUAUAUGUUUAUUUAAAUGUGA